CGAUCACUGCGGGAGGCACAAGCGCAUCGGCUGCCCUGCGCGCAUGUCCUGGCUUGUUCAUUGUCAUGGCACUUUCAAGUCCAGGUUCCGGUGCCGUUGUUGCUACUUUCCGAGCAGAUCAGCCUUCACUCUUGCAGUGAUUCCAUCAUUCCUAUCGCGGUGAACCUGGACGACCAAUCAGUGGCGUAUUGUACUUUCAUCUCACCAUGUCCGACUACCAUUCACUGAACGACCCCAACAACCCUCCUCCCCGACCCAUCGAGUUUUCUGCGCCGAACAACGACAGCUCAAAUACCAACCCUAACCAGGGCCAACCUAAUUCUUCGACCGACUCGCCCGCACUUUGGUCCUUCGACGACAUCGUGGACUUGCCACCCUCGCCGACGCCUCCCUCGCCUCCGCUCCCGCCGCCCCGAUCUGCUGCCUUUCUCGAUCAAAUCCUGAACCCAGGUCCGGCCCCGGCGAGCUCUUCUAGUUUCUUCACUCCUUCAACAGUCUUUCGUCAAGAUUUCGACUUCUCGAGAAGACCAGCUGCAGACGUGUCCGGGGCAACCCAAAACUCUUCCUAUUCAGAUACCUCCAUGCCGCCUGCAAGAUCGUCGCGGGCAUCGCGUCGGAACAGUGGGGUCGUGGAUCUAACUGAUGAUCCGGAUCCGCCUGCGAGGAGAUUGAGUGCCCAGUCUGGGGGCGCUGGACCAUCGGCGAAACGUCGAAAACGCUCAGAUGGGGGAGCUGUGCCCGCCGUGAGCAAGGACAAGAAAGCAAGUACGGUCGAAAUCGGAGAGGUUGACCUAACCGAGGAGAAUACACCACUCAAGGAGGCUUUGGACAAGCAAAGAGCGGACGCAGUCAAGGCACAGCAAAAGCCAGAGGAGAAGGCGACAAACUUCAACACACUCACCUGUGUCAUUUGCAUGGAUACACCGACUGAUCUAACGGCAACGUCAUGUGGUCAUAUUUUCUGUCACAGCUGCUUAAUGGAAGCACUGAUAGCUGGCGAAGAACGCUCCGCACCCGGCGAGCCUCGACGAUCUCAAUGUCCGGUCUGCCGUAAACAUAUCAGCCGAACAAAGCAGACUGAUAUCAUUCCUCUUUUGCUCAUGAAAGGAUUGGCAACGCAGCCACGGAAGAAACUGAGAACAACUACAUGACCGGGCCUCUAGAAUGCAUUACAGCAUCUAGCGUGUGGAUUCCCUUGAUCAGUGUUUGGAUACUGGAAGCUUCGUAUGAGGACAACUUCUCAAUGAUUGCUUCAGUCGGCAAAGUAAUUAUUGCUACAGUAAGGUGUAGCAAAGUAAAGUAGGCACUCCUGUUAGGACUAUUUAUGAGUGAAACAUGAUAUACCCCAAUAUAAUCUCUAUUCAUUA